GAAAUGUAUAAAAAAAACGAAACAACGAAAAACACAACGAUACGAAAUUUUAAAAAAACUCUAUUCCAUAUAAAAAUAUUAAGAAACGAAACAAAUUUUUUAAAACGAAAAAGUGUUUGAAAUUAUUUUUACAGUGUAAAGAACUUUUCAAGUACGAAGUACGGAUUUAUUAGUGUACCAAGUACGAACACAUUGAAUGCGUCUAGUGUUGCCACAUUAAAGAAAAACACUUGUGCAUAUGUUUAAUAAACUUAAUAAAAUUGUAAAUAUAUAAAAUAAUCUUCUUCCUGACAAAAUGUGGUUUCGUUUAUCGGUCGGUGGAAGUAGCAGUGAAGCUAAUGACGACGCUACUGCAAUAGCAACAGCCAAUACAACUGCAACAAAAACAAACACCAACAACAACAACACAAAUGAAACAUCAAAAUUUGAAAAAUUCCGACGCGCAAGCUUUCGUCGUAAAUCAAGCAUACAACAAACACCUUCGACCAGAAAGCGUUCAAAGUCACCUCAUUAUAUAUUGCAAAAAACAAAGUCUUCGUCUUUGGAAGAGGCGCCGAACGAAGAUGAAGUUGACGAGGGUAUUGAAAAAACCAUGAAUAAUAUUAAUGCAAAUGGUGAGAUUUAUAAAAGUGAGGUGAAUAUACUUUUGGACUUACCAACAUCAAAAGCAGCCAAUAAAAAAGCUAUUGAGACAAAAGUAGCGAAUAAAAAACCUACAAUAAAAACGAUUAAAACAGAACCGCCAAAAAGAAAAUUUUAUAAAACAUUUGCAACAGCUACAAUGAGACGACAAAACUCAGACGAAAGCAACAAAGCAACAACAGUGCCGAAUGAUUUACUCUCCAAGAGUAUCGAUUCGAGUAAAUCGCAUGUUGAGCAAAUUGAUGAUUUGAGUUUUGACACUGAUAGUGAUACAGACUCCUCAGUUGAUGAAGACGACAACGCUACUCGUAAAAAGCAAGACAAUUUACCUAGGAUUCAUGGUAAAGAGAAAAUAUUGCUAACUGAUCCCAAGUAUAAACAUAAUCGUAUUGAAAAAAGUGCUUCCAAAACGAAAAUUGCUGAAAUCGAAAAACGUGAGAGUAUCAAACGUUCUCGUAGCGCACGUAAAGUGACUGCGGCUAGUCUACUUGCUGAAGAGAAGAAUAAUAAAAAAGAUAAGAAAGAGAAAAGUAUACGUGCUCACGCAAAUUUAAAUUUGCAGGCACUCGUAAAAUUCGUGGUGAAUAAUAAAAAAUUUCUAAAUGGUGAUGAUUUCACACUUAUGCGCCGCAAGUCCAUAUCUGAGGCUGCUUCUAGUGUCUUUGCGGUAGCAGCAAGUUGCAAACCAUUACCUAUAGCAUUGAAGUAUUCCUCACAGGAUCGUGUAGUAGCUGAAGCUCCCAAAGAGAAUGAUGCUAAAGCAGAACGUAAUGUUAUAUUAAUGAAAAAGCAAAGUUUGAAAAACUCCUUCCGUGAUCGUCUUGGCAGUGGAAAUAGCAAUGAUAACAAUAUUGUUAAUAAUGCACCCGAUAGUAAAGAGCCAGUAAAACAGCGCACAAAAAGUAUUGAUAAGAUAUCAAAAAUUAAACGUAAUAGUUCCAAUAGUAGUAAGAGUAGUGGAAAUUUUGAGGACGAAGCUUUUUAUUCAUGUGAUGAACAAGAUGACGAAAUUACUAAGGGAGACAAACAAUUAUCACAAACUAUUGCUGCAGCACAGUCGCUAGUAGAGGUUCAGAAAGAACAAGAGAAACAGAAAUCAUCUUCCCCUUCUCUUACAUCGAGAGUUGCGGCUAAGAUCAAUGAAACAACAAAUAAUUAUAAAAAUCGUAAAGCAGCAGCUGCUGCUAACAAAACAGCUAAAAAACGAAAAAAUUCUAAUAAACGUCCGGAAUUUUACAAACAAAUUAGUAUUGAACGCUUACAUUCAACGUCUAUUGUGCGGCAACCCUCAGACCGUAGGCCGGAUGCUGGAAACAUUUCACUACGCUCCAAUGGUAAUACAUCACACAACAGUAGCGAUUUGCAGAGUUCAUUUCAUGCAACAACUGCUGAUACCAGUGGUGUGGAAACGUCAAGUGGAGCUGGUGCAAGUGGUGGCAUUGGCAAUGUUGGUGGUGCAACAGCAGCUGGAGCAGCAACAGGCGCCGAUGUAAAUGCGCAGGACGCAGCAGAGGGUAAAGAUGCACGCAGGGAACGUUUACAUCAGCAACAUCAGCAAAAUAAGAGCGCCCCCGUUUCAGUUAACCGUUCGGAAUCGUAUAAGGAACGUUUAUCACAUAAACGUAAUCGCAAUAGCAGACGCAAAACAUCAGAUCCCAGUUUGACAUCAAGACCAAAUGAUGAGCAAACUGAUGUGGGUCUUUCAAAUUCCAAUUAUACAGCAAGUUCCAAUUCUAGUCUCUCCUCGGGUGGUGGAUCUGAAAGUCCAAGCACUUCAAUGGAACAAGUUGGUGGUGCCGGUACUACAACAGCACAAACAACACAUUCACAUCAUCCGCAUCAUAUGCACCAACAUAGCCAUCAAGAUUCAUUUCAUGGUAGUAUUGGUGGUGGUUCUUCGAAUGCUAGUUUUUGGGGUGGUAGUAUUGGUGGACCCGGUGGUCCAACUAUUGGUCAGUUAGCACGUCAAUGGAAUUUUGAAAGUGAUGAUGAAGACGAUCUCAUUGAGGUUGAUUGGAGUUCAAAUGUAACAGCAGAUGUAUUAUCAGCUUUAGCAGAUGCUGAAAAGAAACGACAAGAGAUUAUAAAUGAAAUUUACCAAACCGAACGUAGUCAUGUACGUACACUUAAAUUACUCGAUCGUCUAUUCUUUUGUCCAUUACAAGAGAGUGGUGUACUCUCAAAUGAUCACCUCAUGUUACUAUUUCCGCCAGCUUUACCUGCUUUACGCGAUAUGCAUAGCAAUUUUGAACAAAAACUGAAACAACGUCGUGUUGAACAUAACCAUGUUGUUUCGCAUGUCGGUGACCUCCUUGCCGGUAUGUUUGAUGGACAUUCUGGUGAAGAGUUGCGAGAAUAUGCUGCAAAUUUUUGUGCGCGACAACAAAUUGCGCUUGAAGCAUUAAAAGAAAAACGACGCAAAGAUGAACAAUUACAAAAGAUACUCUCCAAAGCAGAAUCACAUAAGGCUUGUCGUCGCUUACAAUUGAAAGAUUUGUUACCGACAGUAUUGCAACGUCUCACAAAAUAUCCUCUGCUGUUUGAAAAUCUCUAUAAGGUGACAAUACGUGUGGUGCCUGAAAAUGCAACUGAAGCUGAUGCCAUACAACGUGCGUUAGAAUCAUCAAAAAAGAUACUUGUUGAUGUUAAUCAGGCUGUCAAGACUGCGGAAGAUGCGCAUAAAUUACAAAAUAUACAGCGCAAACUGGACAAGUCUUUCGAUAAAGAUGAAUUUAAGAAUUUGGAUUUGACGCAAUAUCGUCUCAUACACGAUGGCAGUUUAACAAUGAAAAAGAAUCCUAGCAUACAAUUGCAUGGUUUAUUAUUCGACAGUAUGAUUGUUUUGCUGACAAAACAGGACGAUAAAUAUUCGUUGAAAUAUUUGCAUGCAGCACGCAACACUGAAGUCAAUAAUAAACCUGUCAGACCGAUUAUGAAUAUCGAUUCAGAGACUUUGGUACGUCAAGAGGCUGCCGAUAAGAAUUCAUUCUUUUUGAUUAAGACAAGAACAUCACAAAUGCUCGAGUUACGAGCUCCAAGUAGUUCAGAGUGUAAAACAUGGUUCAAACACAUUUCCGAUGCUGCAGAACAAUAUAAACCGCGUUCCAAGAAUGCUAACCAUGAACCGGUUGAUGAUCCUGCUAUUGCUACCUUACCGCAUUCCAAUACAAAAGAAUCACUUGAGUUGACACCUGAACGACCGCCACCAAUUGCAGCCACCGCAACGGUCACUACUACACCCUUGGCUCCAAUGAUGCCACCACCAGCAGCGUCCAUGGUUUCAACAAUGCACAGCAGUCAUAACACCAAUAACAAUGACGUGCAAUUACGACAAACUGGCAAAGGUAUCAGAGUUGAAUGUACGCUAACACCAACAGAUAAUAGCGCCAUUGCACAUCACAAACAACGUCUUAGUCACAAUGAACUAUCACCCAACGCCUCGAGUGUCAAUCGUACAAUGUCAACACGCAGUUGUGGUGAAGCCAACAAUAAUUAUGGCGUGGAUAAUGCAAAUGGUGUUACAUUACGUCACACACAAUCGGCACGUCAAGCUAAUGCCGCUGAUGGUGCCGAUCACAACAACACUGGACUGACUGUGAAUGGUGGACCAACCAAACGUGACAGCGCCAGCAUUGUUUACUCAAAUAAUUCCAAUAAUACACGCACUUUAAUGCAGUCAUCACCACCACUGGUAGAACCGACAGCCAUACAAAUAAGUAUUAGCCCCGCACAUACAGCCGAACCAGUGCUGACACCAGCUGAACGUUUGCGUCGUCUUGAUGUCGCCAUACGUGAUGGCUUGCUUGAGAAACAAAAGAUCAUUUGUGAUAUGUUCCGUCUACCGGUUGAACACUUCCAUGAGAUUGUCGAUAUUGCUGCAAUGCCAGAAGCGCCAAAGGAUAGUUCCGAUAUAGCGCUCGCUGCUUAUGCACAAGUGCAGUCUCUUACAGAAGUACUAAACGACUAUAUGCACGUUACACCUGAACAAGAAAUUUCCGCAGUAUCAACAGCAGUUUGUGAUCAAUGUCACGAAAAGCAACAGCGUCAACGCCACGCAACAUCACCGUCUGCAACAUCAACAUCUUCGUCCACUUGCUCUUCGAAUUCAGCAUCUACCACAACAUUAGUGGCGACAGCAGCAACACAACAGCAGUCACCGCCUCCUCUACCGCCACCGAAUAAACAGUCAGCUCAAGCGCAGCAACAAACACCGGCACCAAUGGUUACAAAACUACAUACUCCUGCACUUUUAGAUGCAAACAUACAUGAGGACGAUGAUGGGUAUUGCAAAAUUGAUGAACUACGUUUGCCAGCUGUGACACCAGUGCUAAGUGCAAAUAAUAAAGCAAAAGCUUCGUCGCCGCCUCCACCACUACCACCACCGGCAGGCACAUUUAAGACGCCUCCACCACCACCACCGCCACCUAAUGCGAAAACAUCUAAUGCUACUGCUGCUACCACUCAAAACACAGCACAAACAACUACAGUUGCUAGUACGCCGGAGUUGGUUAAACGUCAAAGCACUAUAAGUGCUGAUAGCAUUCCUGAAGAAUCCGCUGAUGAAGUCACAAAAGCUUUAGAUGAUGAGUUUACGCCAAUAGGGGGAACACAAAGCGAGACGUCAACUCCUAUCAAAGAGAAGAAUACUAGUUUAAAAGAGAAACUAAAUAAAAACGAGAACGAAAAGAAUAUUGAAGAUGAACAAUAUAAUAGCACAACUGAUAAUACGGGGGAUAAUAAAAAAGACGUUGGAGAAUCCCAGCAAGAUAGCACAGAAACACUAAAAGAGAAUGAAAUUAGUGAGGAUGACACAAUUGUGGACAAUGAUGCCAAAAACGUAACUGCAAAUGAAAAUCCUGAACUUCAAGGAGAAGAUGGUAACGCUAAAGAAGAACGUUCGAAUACAGAAAUCUCUAUAAAAGAGAAAGAGGAAGUACAUAUGGAAGCAAAAGACUGUAAUGCUGAAAAAUCAACAGAACAGAAUGAAGUUGAUCAAGCUCUGGCUACUUUAAGCAAACUCUCAAGCGCUCUUAAUAUGGUCGACAGUAUGACACAAACAUUACCAAUAUUACAGACGAAUGCUGUGGCCGCCACUGUUGCAAAUGGUAAUGCCUCACUUUGUGGACGUAAUCGCAUACAACAUGCAAACUCCUUGGAGCCUAGUGUACCGUGUCAUGCUUUGAAUAGCAUUGUGAGUGCAUUGAAUGCACAAAUUUCCUUACUAUUGCCAAAAAUUAAUGAACGCGAUAUGGAACGUGAACGAUUGCGCAAAGAAAAUCAGCACUUACGUGAACUCUUGAAUGCAAUGCAUGAACGUCAGCGAGUUGAAGCCAAAUUGGAUACUCCAAAUAACAUCACUAUUAGUGCCGAUGCAGAUGAAGAAAUGGAGGGUACUUUGAUUGUACCACUAGCCCCAUUCAAUGAGGGGCCUCAAUUAGAUACAAGUUCUGAGGCUGCAAAUUGAAUAAGUAAUCUGAAUUAACUUGGAAUUAAAAAAAAUGGUCUCCAAAGCCAAAAACACGUUGUUGUUGAUAGCGUUUAAAUGUCUAAAAGUUACGGUAUACAAAAUGUAUUUGAUUUUACUUCUACUGAGAGGACACUAUAUAAACAAAAUGCUAAUAUAUGUAAACACACACACACAAAACCUUUAGUUAAAAUGUAUGUAAACAUAAGAUAAUUAGAAUAAGGAUAUCUUUCCCAAGCACCAUUUUGGGUGCUGUUACUUU